GUCAGGUUGGUGGGGGCCUUCGCCGCGGACUGGACAACAUCAACAAACCUUUAGUGCGGUGUCUGGUUGUCUGGAAGCGGCCGUUCGCAACAAGACGUUUCUUUUACGGAGCUUUACUCGCUAGCAAUCACCUGUUGUUUGUUUCGUUGAUAUAGUGCUUUUUACUUUGAUUUUUACACCAACAGAAUGACUUUGGAAUGGGGAUACAGUGAAAACAAUGGACCUAAUACAUGGUCGAAUAACUAUCCUGAAGCGGCAGGACCGAACCAAAGUCCUGUAAACAUUAGUUCAUUAGACAUAAAAGAAAUAAAAGCCCACAAGAAAUUAACAUGGAAAUACAUAGCGGAAAAUACGGAGUACGUAAUGAACCCUGGAUACUGUUGGAAGGUUCAUGUUGAAGGAAAAGGAUCAGAUUUAAGUGGAGGUCCUCUGAACGGACAUUAUAUGAUCGAACAGUUUCACUGUCAUUGGGGUGCCACUGAUGACCAGGGUUCAGAACAUACAAUUAACGGGAAACAGUAUGCUGGAGAGUUACAUUUAGUCCACUGGAACACGACGAAGUACGGCUCCUUUUCCGAAGCAGCCAAACACCCUGACGGUCUGUGUGUGCUGGGAGUAUUCCUUAAGGCUGGCCGUAAAAACCAAGAGCUAGACAAAAUAGUUCGUCAGCUAGAGCAAAUCCAAUUCAAGGACCAAAAAGUAAAACUUUCCAGCCCUUUGAAUCCUGGAAGUUUACUUCCAGAGGACAGUGGCUAUUACACUUAUCAAGGAUCUCUUACCACUCCUCCUUGCUCAGAAUGCGUAAUCUGGAUCGUUUUUAAGGAACCCAUCGAAGUAUCACACGAACAGUUGCAAGCCUUUAGGAACCUGAAAAGUUACUGCAAGGAAGGACAAUGCCCUUGCGAUGACUACAAAGGACACGUUCAAAAUAAUUUUAGACCAACUCUUCCACUAGGCCAAAGGGAAAUCAAGGAAUGUAUACCAUAAAACCAAAUAUUAUUGUAUGUUUUUAUUUUUUAACAGUUCAAAUAUCAGUUUGUAUACAAAAAUUUUAAGUUUUUAAUUUUUGCGAACUUCAAAAGGUUUAUUUAUAUUAUUUGUAAUCUUGUGAAGUUCUUAUUAUGUUUUUUUAUUGUUAUAUUAAUAAUAUUAUGUUUGUUAAAAAUUUUACGUAAUGUGGUUCCUAGGCUGUUUCUUAAAGAAAAAAGUGUCCACGCUGUGUGCCUUACUUUUUUGUAAAUAUUUUUUGCCAAUGACACAAUAUAUUAAAUAAAAUAGACAAUACUUUUGUUUUCAAUUAAAUUGAAUAAAAAUACAAAUUGGC